GCCCUGGGUCCCUGGCCCUGGCCUGAAGAAAGGAACACCCCAGAACGGUCGCCCUGUCCCCUGCCCCGCCGGCCCCGCCGAGAUGGACACGGGCUGCCUCCACCCACCCGCACCCGCCGACCCCUCCUCGUCGGAGGCGUCGGGAGACGCCUCCUCGGCCUGCGGCUCAGCAUCCGCCUCUGCCUCCCGGUCCUCCUCCGCUCGGCGCAGCAGGGGUGUCCGGCUCCGGCUGCGGCUGCGGCGAAGGCGGCAGGAGCCGGGCCCCGCCGCUACGCCCGCGGGCGGGAGCGAGGGUCAGGGUGGCGCCGGCGCGCAGGUGCAGGACGACCUCGCGCUGCCUCUCGGGAUGUCGUUCGCGGCCGUCCUCGCGCAGGUUGUGAAUACGAAGAAUCCUUCAGGCGAAAGAAUACAGCCUGCACUUCUUUCCAAGAUCUGUACAUCGGCAGUGAAGGAAUCAUUGAGAAAUAUAUAUGGUAACAAGUUAGACAGUUUUAUGAGAAACUUUGAGAAAUCAUUCAGCAGCACAUUAACAACGCUUCAUCUUGUUAAUGAGAUGCCUGUCUAUGGACAAGGUCCAGUUCCUCAAUGUUCUUCUAAGCAUGAAGACUCUGAUGCUGCAAGCAAGUUGAGCACUGAUGGUCCACAAAAUCCAACGCAAGAAAUCAAGCAGGACCUUUCAAAUUCAGUGGAAAGUCAGCUUGUUCUGUAUGCUGGUGGCAAUCAGCAGCUGACUCGUCGUACUCAUAGCAUAUCUUCUCCUGAAGCUAAUCGGCGGAUCCUUAAUGCAUUUGAAAGAUCUUUGAAAGAACAAACUCGGUCAAAUGAGCUCAAGGAAUUUGAGAUAAGCCUUAGCAUGAGAAAGUUGCAACUUAAACAGUCUCAACUAGAACUUAACUCCUACUCGCACAUGUUAGACAAGAUUAAGUUAUCCUUGGGAUUUCAGAAAGCUUCCUUCCAAACGGAGAAAUUCAAGACUCAGAUGCAGGACACGAGGCAUGCACAAAUAAUGAGGACACUCAUAGAUUUCCUUGUUAGUGCAGUUAUUAUUAUGUCAGUAUGUUUUGGGUACGGAACUUAUAUUUAUUCAUACCAAAGGAUAACUGAUAUUACAGCAGCAUGUGCAGCCACUUCAAGGGGAUCUAAAUCAUGGUGGGUGCCAAAUUCAGUGUCAAACUUCAAUUCCGGGUUGCUCUUCAUGAGAUGUCAUGUAGUAGCUGCAACACGGAUGUUCUUUGGCAUAGUAAUGAUUCUGGCAAUUGUUUGGUUAGCAUUCCAGCGUUCUGCAGUGUCUGGAUCAAGUAUGCCAGUAACUUUCAACAUCAUACUGUUGGGAAUUAUUUGUGGCUUUGCUGGAAGGUUCUGUACCAACACACUUGGUGGCGAUGGGAACAUGUGGCUUAUAUGCUGGGAGGUUCUUUGUUCCAUCCAUUUACUUGGAAAUUGUUAUCCAUCGGUCUUGUACCGUGUUCUUCAUGGUCCUAUAUCUGUAUCUGACAGCAAGGAGUCUGUCUGGUUCCCGUAUUGGAUUCGCCGCUGGAUCUUUUAUGCUGCGCUGGGGUUUUUUAUCCCAGCCUUGAAUGGCUUACUGCCAUUUGCUUCUCUUUCUGACUGGAAUAACCAUUUCACUAAGGAGCUAAAAUCCAUCUUUAUUGGUGAGAAAAUUGAAGCUUGAAUGAUCGUGGAUGCAACAAUUGGUGCAAUGAUGUCCGUUUUGUGUCAGCUAUGCAGAGAAAAAAAAUUGAAGCCUGAAUAAUCCUGGGUGCAAUGACUGCACAGUGAUGUCCUUAUGUGUCAGCUGUGCGGGCAAAGAUUUUUUAGAAACAAAAUAGUUCUGUUUAAGAAGCUGUUCAGAAGUUCAGCUUGGUGUUGCCCCAAGAGAUACAUUGGAUGGAAAUUGAAGGCACCGUUCAAUAAACAAGUUGAUUGUACUUCUGCAGCAGCCACUAGCACAUAUUGAUCCAACUCAACGUGCUUUCAUCAGUGCCUUGUACCAUCCUACCACCAAAAUCAAAGCUUCAGAUGAUCUAGGCUUUUGACUUUUGUGAUCUUUGUGUCUUCGACUUCAAAUGGCUUCAAAUGCCUUGUUUUGCCCUAGGCAUUUUAAUUUCAUAAUGCAAGUUCACAAUAGACAGGUUCACCACCAGUUGGAAACUCUGCUGCGUCUUUCGAAUUCCUUUUUGUUGUCAUUAUUGUAGCUCGUGUUCAUUGAAAAUAUCAAGAGAGCGGAUUAUCCGGUACUGGCUGCUUACUACUUGUUGUGGUUGGUUUAUGUGUAUGUUAUCUUAGGGCUUGAGAAAACGCAGCCUGAUAUUGUACUUGUUCAGUGUGUUCAUGUAUUGCUACUUACCAGUUUGUACAUGCACUUGUAUUUAAGCCCAAAAAUUGUUCAUGGUUUUGAUGUA